AUGGCUUCAGUAAAACAAGCAAAAUCUGUCCUUCGUCAGCAGAUAAAACAAACAUUGAAGUCAUUAUCACAGCAUGACAAAGACAUGCAGUCAGCCAUCAUCCACCACAAGGUGCUUGCCUCUGAUGUAUACAAGAGCAGUCAGAGAAUCUCAAUCUUCCUGCCAAUAAACGAUGAAGUCAAUACGCUACCAAUACUGAAAUCCAUGCUGGAGUCAGGCAAGCAGUGCUUCAUCCCGCACUGCCAAGGUCAGGACAUGAUCAUGGUCCCCCUGGAGUCCUGGGAAGCCUUUGAGAAACUGCCAUCUAAUUCCUGGGGAAUUAAACAGCCAACAGAGUUUGAUGCAUCUCAGGAUGCAAUUAAUUCUGGAGGACUGGAUUUGGUAUUUAUGCCAGGGUUGGCAUUCACUCAGCGUGGAGCCAGACUAGGCAGAGGAAAAGGCUACUAUGAUAAGUAUUUAAGGAAAUGUGCAGACGCAGGAAGAAUGCCUUACACUGAAGCUUUGAUCUUUAGGCAGCAAGUGAUUGAUGACAUCCCGACUCAGGAUCAUGACAUUCUCAUUGACUCAUUAAUUUAUCCUACACAACAAGACUUGGAAGCAUUCAGUCACUCUUCAAAGUGA